CUAGCAGCAGCCUCGGCGUUUCACUUCCGCGUGAGCAGGGUGCUGUGUUUACAACCCCAUGGCGGCGAUUAAACAUUAUUACUUUAUUUAUUUCACAUUAUCUCAAGUAGUGUGUUGUGUGAAUGGAUUCAUGUGGAAUGGGGACACUUUCAGACGGAAGGUGUCAUUGGAGAUGAACCCUGGGUUAACCCCGCCCUCAGUGGUGCCCCCCGGGGUCUCGAUGCUCCACGCACGUGCCCUCGGCCACAACGACACGCUGCACUUCCUGUUUUGCAGCGGUGGAGCCCCGGCCCUGCUGCUGAUCCACACACACUCCACCGAGUCUGUGGUGGAGGUGAACUGGGACAGGUUCAUCAGUGCAGACCCUACCGGCAGUGUGAAGGUGGCACCGGAGAGCAGUGUGCAGUACCGAGGCGCUCUCGUCUUCACCCGCUUGUGGGAGUAUGAUGAGUUGAACAGCACGGGGCAGAGUGUGUUGUCUCCGUAUGAGCUCCAGGAGUUUGAGUGGGACGAUAUGAACAAGACGACGGAUUACACACACCACGCUGCAGAGCUCUGUGGGAGACACCACAGCUUCAGCAGCAAUGCCUCCCUGUGUCUACACUUUUCAGCAUACGAGUCUUCGGGCCGAGUGGAAGCAUGGCCUAGGCUCCUCCAUAAUGCCAACUCCUCCCAGCUGCGCGUCUUGUUGAGAAAUAUGACUCCGCGAACAAACCAAUCACAUUUUGGCCUGGAACUCCAGACAGUGAGCGAGGCGGGGCUUCAGACCCGAGUCGACGUCCACAGGUCCAUCGAUGAUGAAUACACGCCCUCCAUCUUCCAGGUGUCAGAGUGGGUGUGGUCUCAUGAUAACUCCUCCUCCGUGGUGGGAUUCUCUCAGUGGAAGCCCGUAGUGUAUCAGAAGAUUCAGCCUGCUAUCGAGGACGCGGCGCCUUGCAGCCACUCAGAACCUGUCGACCUACCUCAAGCUCCGCCCUCACGCAUCAUCCUGGCCUAUUUUACCCAGAGUUCCCUCACACACGGCCUCAACGUCACCUUCAAUGUGACCUCUGAACCUGCCAAAAACUCCACCCAGUACCUUAGCUGGACCAUGCUGGCGGGAAUCGGGACUCCUCCGUCAGAAUUCUUCUCUUCACUGGUGAUCGCCAUCAUGGCCGUCGGUCUCGGCACUCCUCUCCUCCUCCUCCUGGUGGGCGGAGUUUUCAUCUGUAUACAUAAAAGGAAUCAGGAUACGUUCAGCCAAUACGAAUCCAUCAACUGACGCUAGCGGCUGUGACACGAGCCACGCCCGUAUGUAAUAACUGAUCAUUUUUAUGACUUCUCAGUUUUUUUUUUGGAAUAAUGUCGCAAUAAUGAAAGUCAAUUGAUAUGGUGUUCUAAGCCCUGCCCACUUGUGCAAACUAACUAUCAUACAGUUUAAUGACUGGACAAACAGCGACUCACAAUCCACUAGAAUUUAUUGUGUAUAAUUUCUCACUGACCUCAGCAUAACAACUGACCAAUGAUGAAUCACGUCAUAACUGAACCUCAACCGAGAUGUGUAAUAUGUAAGCCCUGCCCAUGUUUGUACUGACCAAUGAGAAGUCACAAAGACAAGACAAACAGCCAUAACAGCAGCUCUGCUACAAAAUAUAAUCAGUAAAAAUCACGACAUGCCCAACCUAUCUGUGCAAUGUAAUAUGUAGCCCCACCCCUGUACACACCAACCAAUGAGAAGUCAUGAUUUAAUAACUGCUGAUAGUCUUAAAACUGACCAGUGAGAUGGAAGGGUGUAAUAACUGACAGUAUCAAUCAACUGAGACGAUGUGACGUGUGUAGCCCUGCCCACAGGUGGGAAAUUACCACCAUCGAAACUCUACAAUGUAAAAAACUGAGAGCUGAGAAGGAAUAGUGUAGUAACUGGCUUUGACCUAAAUCAGUGGACAUAACAUAAAAUAUGUAGCCCCGCCCAUGUGUACAAACUGACCAAUGAAGUCAUAUGGAGAGGUCACUCAAGCUGGACGUCCAAUCACAAUUCACUAUCAUUGUAGUUCAAAUUAACGUUUCACAAUCUGUCUCCUUGGUGGAAUUUAUAUAAUGCUUGUUUAUGUUAACUGACCAAUCAGACGUCAUCUUUGUGUCUGACUCAGUGUGGGAGGGGCUUAAUGAGCUUAAUGUACCUGCUGAAUGCUUUCUCAGAAACACAGUAAUGGUGCCUGAAGUGGAGCCGGAACCGGUGCUUGUUGAAGGGAUUAGAGAACCCUUUUAAGAAGUGAUUUAAGAGUCAAACCAUCAUGUUGCUGGAUGUGGGCGUGUCCUAACUCAGAGUGUAGAACUUUAGCAAUGUAGCUCUUAUGCUGUUGAUUUUCAUCUUGGAUCAUUGAGUAAUGGUUGCAAAUUUAAAAUAUUUAGGUGUUAUGUAGUUGCUCAGGUUGAUACCACAGUGUUAAAAAUGACCCCGCCCCCUAGCCUCCUGGAGAAGUGACCUGAGACCUGGUGCCUUUAUGGUGAAAGGCGAUGGAAAGCUUCAGAAUUAGAUGCUAGCACCUUGUUAACAGGAACUCGCAGGGAAUCUUUAGCAUGUGUGUUGUGAAUGUGUGAAGCCUUGGUUCUGAUCUCUCGCUCUUUUGAUGUUCACAUCAUCACACUGGGAUUCUGUUUCUGUUGUAAUGUUCUCACAGAAGGAGCACAUACAGUAAAAUGUCUUAUCCCACACUGCUGCUGAGUUCGUUUUGGAUCAACCUCACUGAUUUUCAGACGUGAGAGAGACUGGUACAUUUCUGCACUAAAUCAGUCUCAGGGAUUUUACGCUGUGCUUCACAGCCUCAUCGACUCGCACGCAGAUACGUCUUACAUUCUAAACAGCUUUACUGCUGGAGAACUCAACUGUUGUAGGGAUCUACACAGAACCUUUUAAUGGUUCCUACAGCAGGAGAAACUGACCAACCCUUCUGAGUGCUAGACGGAACAAGCUGCAGGAGAUGGAAAUGGAACUGCAUCAACAAAACAAAUGUGCAACGCAGCAUCCCUCUCAAUUUUUUCCCUUCAGUUUCUCCUUUCUCGGUUUUAUAUUGUUGUGUAUUAUCAUGUAUUAUUACUAUACAUAUUGUAUAUUAUUAGAUUUCUUUGUGACAAAAUGGCAUUUUGUUUAAAAACACUUCAGAUUUCAGGGAAAACAGCUUAAAGCUGCAUUAUACUUUUAUUAACACACUUUUUUUUUUGAGUUUAUUUUUAUGGACACGGUUUACAACUGGACCCAGAAAUGCCUUGAGAAAAGACCGGUGUUGACUUUGUAAGAUACAGACCUGACCCGAGAGUAAUGUGUAUUAUAAGAUUUGUAUGAAUGUGUCUUUUGAAUCUGAAGAAAUACAAUUAAUAAAUGUGAUGUUUGAGACAG